UAGGUAAGAACCAGAAGAGAAGCGGCGAUGGGGAAGAAACUGGACCUUUCCAAGCUCACGGAUGAGGAGGCAGCGCACGUCUGGGCGGUGGUUCAGCGGGACUUUGACCUCAGAAGAAGAGAAGAAGAAAGGCUGGAGGAGUUGAAGGACAAGAUCAGGAAGCAAGCCUCCAGGAGGGAGCUGCUGCCCGACACGGCGCAUCUGAACGAGAGCCUCUGUGCCCUCUGCCUGCAGCCCUUCCAGCUCCUCGCCAGCGGCCGGAGGCAGUGCCAGGCCUGCGGCCUCUUCACCUGCGGGAGCUGCGGGCAGGCCCAGGCCGAGGCGCAGGGCUGGCUUUGCAGCCCCUGCCGCCUGACAAGGGUGGUGCAGAUGGGCUCUCUGGGAUGGUACUACGAGCACGUGAGAGCCCGCUUCAAACGCUUCGGCAGCGCCAAAGUGAUCCGGUCCCUCUGCGGGCGGCGGCAGGGGCCAGGCGAGCCUGAGCCAUGUCCUGGAGAGGGAAGUGGAGACAGCGAACAGACAGACGAGGAGGGACAACUGGACAUGGAGGCCCAGGCCCCAGCUCUUGGCAGCAGACAAAGGCGCCUGCUGUCCUUCCACGACCUGGACUGCGAGGAGGACUCGGACCACUCCACCCAGCCCUGCGGCGACGCCCCGGGCCUGUCCUGGGCCUCUGCCGUGCCACGCAGCCUGCGGUCCCUGUCAGGAGAGCCCUGCGUGGGAGACGCCGCCUCCCAGGAGGCAGAGGUGCUGGAGGAGGUGGACUCGGGGGACCCCGGCGGACCCCCCCAGCCACAGGAGCUUCUGGACAGCCUGGAACCUUCCCGGGCAGAGACGCUUGCUGAGCCGUGCCCACCUGGAGACGCCCACAGGACAGCCCAGGGGACCGCUGCCAUGCCCGGGACUCGUGCCUCAGAGAAGGGGCGGCUCCCCUCGCGGUACCUGGCUGAUGUGGACAUGUCGGAUGAAGACAGCAGCCAGGCUCACAGGGCCGCCUCCCAGAAUUCCAAGCGGAGAGACCGCUCUGCCACGGCAAGUCAGAUCUCUGAGCUGAGCAAGCGCGUGUCCGCCGUGGAACAGCUGCUCACACACCUGGAGAGCACGGCCGUCCCGCCUCCCGCAGCCCAGCAUCUGGCCACCGGAGCACACUCAGAGGCCGACAUGGAGGAGGAGGCCCUGAGAAGGAGGCUGGAGGAGCUGACCUCCAACAUCAGUGACCAGGGGAACUCCACGGAGGAGGAGGAAGAGGAAGGCCGGGAGGCGGAGGCUGGUCCAGCUGGCGUCCUGCCGGGCGCAGCCCCGGAGGUGUGGCCAGCGUCAGGUCUCCCAGACCUGCGGAGAAGCCCCCAGGCCCCUUGGGACGCCGUCCCGCCCAGCAGGACCACGGACGAGGAGCUGUCUGAGCUGGAGGACAGAGUGGCCAAGACGGCGUCCCAAGUCGAGCAGGCCGAGAGCGAGGUUUCAGACAUCGAGUCCCGGAUCGCAGCUCUGAGGGCUGCGGGGCUCACGGUGAAGCCCUCAGGAAAGCCCCGGAGGAAAUCCAGCCUCCCGAUCUUUCUUCCUCGAGUCGCUGGGAAACUUGGCAAGAGUCCACUGGCUCAGAAUGACCCUGCGGACGAGGUCCAGGGGGCAGCCCCGCCCCGCCUCCUUCCCAGGAAGCCUGGCCCUAAAAACCCAGGCAACAGCUCUUUUGAUCGGAAGUCCCUGUCCCGAGGCUCCCUGACCCAAAGGAACCCCAACGGGAGGAAGGAGGCCAGACACGUCUUCGCGAAACCUGUGAUGGCCCAGCAGCCCUGA